AUGUCUUCAAGAAGGUCAUUGACAUUACAUGAAAUUGCUACAGUUCUUGAGGAAGAUGAUGAUUUUAGCAACCAGAGACAAGAUUUUGAUAUUUUUUUACUUCCACCUGACACCGCCAAUGAUUACCAAACUGACGAGGACUCGGGUGAAGAAGAUAACGUCAGCAUAAAUAAUUUGCCUGGAAGUUUGCUUCGAGCUCCAGCGGGCUUGCUGCCUCAACCUCAAUGGAAAAACCAGAAACUGAGGACCAAACCCCUCCCGAAUUUCAAGAACCUUUAA